GUCGUUUUGAGAAAAGGGCAAAAAAGAAAACAAAACCAUGUAAACAAACGCAUUCACAAGAGAAGGUUUAUCGAAUAAUUUACCAUUGGUCCACGAAAAUAUGGCCACAGCUGCUGAAUCAUCCCCGAAUCGACCGGACCCAUUCGAAGGGAUGGAUAUUGCCGACACCGGCUUUCUGAUGGACGUCGAGGGUCGCAGCUGUUGCCCGAGCUGUGGCAAGUCGCGCAAGUUCUUCUGCUACACAUGCUACGUCCCGGUCGGGGAGAUAGUGGCGCGUGUGCCUCGCCUUCGGCUGCCGGUGCAAAUCGACGUCAUAAAGCAUCGGAAUGAGAUCGAUGGUAAAAGUACGGCAGUACAUGCCGCGAUCCUGGCACCAGACGAUGUUAAAAUCUACACGUAUCCAAACAUCCCGGACUACCGGGAGGAGGAGGGCGUUGUGUUGAUAUUUCCCACCCCGACAGCGCUGACGGUGGCGAGCCUGUUUAGUGGCGAAACGUACCAGAUGAAGGAAAAUUAUGGUCUUCCGAAGGGAUACCAUAUGGGGACGUUGUUGCGCUACCGGUUGAACGAUAUCGUUGACACACAUUUGCCAGUUCCGGAAGUGGAUGGUUCCACCGGCACGAACUUCCCCGUGAAGCGAGCCGUUUUCAUCGACAGUACCUGGAGCCAGUGUCGUGGCAUCUACAAGGACGAGCGGCUAUCGUGCUUGCGCACCGUUGUGAUACAGAACAGAAUUUCUCAAUUCUGGCGCCAUCAGCGCAACAGUCCACGGUGGUUUCUGGCUACGGUCGAAGCCAUUCAUCAGUUCGUGCUGGAGGUGCAUAUUGCAGCCUGGGGGCUGGACAGCCGGUACCGGGGAUUGGAUCACAUUCAUCUGAAGAUGGAUCAAAUUCCGAAGGAGCGCAUCAUUCACCCGAGCGAGGCGAAUCCGGACGAUGUAAAACCGUACAACGGGCAGUACGAUAACAUACUGUUCUUCUUCCGCCACAUGUACAAUCUAAUACACAAGCAUUACGAUCACGAAAUGUUAAAAGCGUACAAACGGCCGUUGUACUAGUGAGAAAUAUAAUAAGGAAACUACUACUUACAAGCUGGGGUUUUUUGUUCCGACAAACAGCCCCGAAUGUCAGCCCACAA